GCUGCUGGUACUUACCGACUAGAAGGUGGCGGCGAGCAGGAAGCCUGAGACGAGGCCAUGUCGGACCUGGGCUCGGAGGAGUUGGAGGAAGAGGGAGAAAAUGAUCUUGGGGAAUAUGAAGGGGAACGGAAUGAGGCAGGUGAAAGGCACGGUCACGGGAGAGCCCGACUGCCCAACGGGGACACGUAUGAGGGGAGCUACGAACACGGUAAAAGACACGGCCAGGGGACCUACAAAUUUAAAAAUGGUGCUCGAUACAUUGGAGAAUAUGUUAAAAAUAAAAAGCACGGUCAAGGCACUUUUAUAUACCCAGAUGGAUCAAGAUAUGAAGGGGAGUGGGUGGAUGACCUAAGGCAGGGCCACGGCGUCUACUACUAUGUCAAUAACGACACCUACACUGGAGACUGGUUUGCUCACCAAAGGCACGGGCAAGGCACCUACGUCUAUGCGGAGACCGGCAGCAAGUAUGUGGGGACCUGGGUGAACGGACAGCAGGAGGGCGCAGCUGAGCUCAUUCACCUGAACCACAGGUACCAGGGCAAGUUCUUGAACAAAAACCCCGUUGGCCCUGGGAAGUACGUGUUUGACAUCGGCUGCGAGCAGCAUGGGGAGUAUCAGCUCACAGACGUGGAAAGAGGGGAAGAGGAAGAGGAGGAGGAGGCAUUAGUAACUGUCGUUCCGAAAUGGAAAGCUACCAAGAUCACUGAACUGGCCUUGUGGACGCCGACCCUUGCUGAGGAGCAGCCGCCCAUGGAUGUCCCUGGCCAGGAGGAGGCCCCGGGACCGGACGGCGGGGGAGAGCCUGCGGAGGAGGCCCAGGACGCUUCAGAUGGGGAGGCUGAACUCACGAGGCCCGGAGAGGAAGACCCUGAUGCCUUCAGGGAGGAGGGCAGCGAGUACAGCCGGGAUGAGUUCCGCUAUGACACCUUAGAACAGGGAAAUGUGAGUUUUGAAGAGGAUGACAUUAGACAGUCUGAUCCUCCAGACUAA